UUAGAGCAGCUCGAAGGGGCGGAACUCAAUGCUUGCAGCCUGCUGCUGAAUGCACUGCAGACAGCGGCUCAGGAGGACUGACUGCACACUGGUCGAGCAGAAACACACCGAAAUAGAUCAUGAGGGAGAACAGGACUAUGCCUUUGCAAAUAUCUGAGGCAUGAGCCAUUGCACCAUCCCUGAGCUUCGGCAGAAGCCUGAGAAGGACGCAUGGGUGUGCACUGUGUUCUAAGGAGGAGCAAGUAGGAAUAAUAACCAGACAUCGGAGAACAACGAACAACGGCGUGAAUUAUGUCUUACUAUAACAGAGAACUGGUGGUAUCUUUUAUCAAAUAUAAACUCUCGCAGAGGAACUACCCCUGCAACCACAUUGGACUCACAGAAGACUCAAAUCGAACUGAUGGGGGGCAGGCAGCUGAAGAGAAUGGCGAGGGGGCGGCAGGAGCGACGACCCUUGUUAAUGGCUCCCUAAAUGGAAUGAGUGCUAAUUCCACAGGGACACCACCACGGUCCCCUACUUCAUCCCCCCAGAAUCAGACAAAUGGGACUGGGGGUCUGGACAUUGUGAAAGAGGCACUCCGCGAUUCUGCCAAUGAGUUUGAGCUGCGCUAUUCCCGAGCUUUCAAUGAUCUCUCCUCCCAGCUCCACAUCACGCCCGCCACGGCGUACCAGAGCUUUGAGAGCGUUAUGGAUGAGGUGUUUCGUGACGGCGUCAACUGGGGUCGCAUUGUUGGUCUGUUUGCCUUCGGAGGGGCUCUGUGUGUCGAGUGCGUGGAGAAGGAGAUGAGUCCAUUAGUGGGGCGCAUCGCAGAAUGGAUGACUGUCUACUUAGAUAACCACAUUCAGCCUUGGAUCCAGAAUCAAGGUGGAUGGGAGCGCUUUGCAGAGAUCUUUGGGAAAGAUGCAGCAGCAGAAAGUAGAAAGUCAGAAGAAAACUUUAAGAAGUGGUUGCUGGUGGGAAUGACCUUGCUCACUGGUGUUGUAGUGGGGUCAUUCAUUGCACGGAAAUGCCUGUGAGGAGACAGAUAACUGAAGAACCAACUUCACCCACUGCUAUAUUUAGACCUCCAGCCAAGAUGAAGGAACUUCAACAAAAAAAUUUGUUUCGGAUUUGUUUCUUUCCCUUUUAUUGCCAAGAAAUGUCCUGUUUACAUCCCAUGCCCCACUGUGUACUGUUGACUGAAUGACACACACCUGAGAUUUCAUAUCACCCAGACCGCAUGAGGGUACAUGUACAGGGUACAAUCUUCAAAGAGAUUGGCAUCUAACAAGGAUACAAAUAUUUUAUCUUUAAGUCUAAUUUAAGCUUGUAUGCAAUCCUUGAGUUUAUUAAUGAAACAGAGGAAGCUGAAACUGAAGUAUUCAGUUGUUAAAUCACUGACAUCUCUUUGAAAUGUUGGUGUCCAAGAGCUAGAGACACUACACUUCAGCACCUGCUUCUUCUGUAGAGUAAUUGGUAAAGGCAGACUGUGAUCUCUCUCUACCAUUAGAAGGCAAUGUGGAAAACAUGUCAGUUCUCUUAGUUUAUUUAAUUAUUAUUCUGUUCAUUUUCACAUGCAGAUUUGUUUUAUCAACAAUAAAUGAGUGUUUAAUGUGUGUCUUUAAGUCCUGUUGGAUCAUCUACAUUUUCUAGACCAACAGAUUCAUCUAACAUUAUUCUGUUUUGAUCUGAGAGAAAGUUUGUAUGUUUGUUAAUUAAACUUAAGUUUGAGCCGAGGGUCUGAUAUCACAUAACUAGACGAGGAUACGUAAGGAGUAGGUCACUCCUAAAGCAUUUUUGACUACUCUAACAUUUUGUGCACCGACAAUGUAAGUCAUUAGAUUAAACCAUAUUGCCACAAGAGAGCUUGGUGUCUUGAAAUAUCUUGGGAAUCCAUUACAAUACAAGUACUUCUACUACUAAUAAUCAUUCAAUUUUUAAUUGGAAUUUGAGGUAACAACUAUUACGUGCAACAGCGCAUUUAACUUUCAAGAGCAAAAAUCCUAACAUCAAUUCUGAGUCGCCUACCAUUAUUUUUUUCUUUGUGUUAAUGUUAUUUUCACUGACUUUGGAGCAUCAUUUGUAGAGUGAAGCCUUACAUGUAAUGGUCCAGCAGGUUUGUAACAUUAGCGCCAAGAUAUCUUGGUGCAGAUAAUAUCUCGGUUCUCCCAUGAAAAUGAAAAACAGCUGUCCUUUACUGAACCACUUAUUAUUUGAUCAGGGUUACCAUCUGUUUUCACAAACAAACCUUAGAAUAGUAAAGUCUUAGGUGACACAAAAAUGACAAUUCUCAUAUCAUUAACUCACCCUCACAUUGUGCAUCUGCUGCUCUGUAUUCAGCUUGUCAAAAUUGUUAAAUCGCGUUUCGAUGAUGAGAAACUAUCUUUAGGCUUCAAACUGUGAUUAAUUCAAACAGAACACCAAGUUGAAUAUUCUUUGCCUUUUCUAGUUGACAAUGAUUGAUGAGCAGGUUAAUUCAAACAGAAGUGAUGAAAGAAA